UGUAGGUACUCUUUAACGCGAAACUCGAAUCACAGAAAGUUUCAACUUUGCAGUAAUCGUCAUUCGGCCCACGAGUACUGAAGUUUCGCUAAACGACGAGCUCGAUUUUCCUAAUUAGGGGCUCCUAAUUAUUUCGUUAUGCCGGAGUGUCACCCGAGCAGGCGUUCCGUGCAGUUGAGGCAAAUAUAAAUAAACGAAUCGUUGCGAAGCGUCAGAUUCGAAUUUAUUGAGAUCCGGAAAUCUCCCAGGGACCAAGUUUUUUCCGGCGUUUUCUUAUCCGAACCGACGAGGAUUGUUUUGACGAUUUCGAUGACGCUGAAGUUGCAACUGAUCUAAAAAACCCUGUAACUCCAGUAAAUCUUCAAUUUCGAAUUUGCAAUUCGUCGUAGCUUUUCAAGCUGCAUCGAUACUUGGUGAAAUAAAAAAUUGAUCGAUUUCAAAGGUUUUUUUUUUCGUUCAUUUCGUUGGACUCCAACGUUACAAACUUCAGCGUCGUACGAUUUCAAUGUGCAGAGAAAUUUGCAGUGUUGCUUCUAUACCAAAAAGUCACAAUUUAAAAGAACCCAUUCACCGAAAUUUUCAACUUUAUUUUACACUAAAUAGUGAUUCUAAUGCACUGAAAAGGAUAUUGUGCUCGAGUGUGAUAUCACUUUGAAGGGCUCUGUUUAUUAAGAGGCUGAAUUGUUCGUAACACGCCAUCCCACAUGCAGUUGAACGAAACAGUUUCAUUCACUUACUUAGGACUGCGUACUCGCUUUCACGUCACGACCCAUCGACCCGGUAACGUGGGCUCCAUUCCUCUCCACAACAUGUAUACAAGCUCGCGAUAAUCCAUGCAAAAUACGGGCAGUUCUGUGUGGACUGAAACUUUUCAAUUUUCGUUACUUCGUAUAUCGAUCAAUUAACGUCGACUUCAUUCGAAUCGAAAAUCCUUUUUUAUCAAUGUUUAUUUCACCUCCAAUUGGUUUCUUGACACUCGUUAAUUAUUCCAUCGAUUUAGUUUUUUUUUAAAUACAAGUGUAACCGUACUCUUGGCAUUAAAAUCAUAAAAAAUGUUGAGAAAAUGAGGGAAGCGACUACCGAAAAAUUGCAUCUUCAAAAGUGUAUCGCGAGCUUUGAAUCGUUGACGAAUUUAUAAAAAAAAAUUGUAGAGAAUUCUCAACGCUAUUUUUCAAAUUGAAAAUCAUUAUCGUUGUUUGUAACGUUUCUCAAUGAACACCGUGAAAUCGUUGCUCGUUCGGAUGUUUUCAGUCGAAAAUAGUGGUGAGCACGUACUUUGCAACAGUUUCAAAUAUUCGGGAGCUGUUUUUCUCUUGGAUUAUGGUAAUUCGAUGGGUGGCAAGUCUCGAGAAGUCUCCCUCGCAACGAGGUCAAUGUUCUAGUAGUCCGGAGGCAUGAAAUAAUUCAGUCAGUUAAAAAUUCACCUCGUCACAUCGAAAUACCUCGUACAUCGCACUUGCAUAUAGUUUUCUACGAUACGACACUAAUACGUGACCACGACAAUAACCGAACAUCCCACAGGGACUGCCAUUCUUUCUAUCGCCCAGUCUUACUGUAUAGAAGACACUCGGUGCUCUAGAAAUUUCAACAAUCCUUGAGGGUCACGUGUAGGUGCAUUGUGCAGGAGAGUUGCUCGGAAAUCUCGCUGAAAAUCUCUGUUUCGAAGAGCUGAGAAGUUCUCUACUUUUGUUUUCUUAUUUGAUUUUUUUCAUAUCGUAUAAUUAUGCCAUGAUGGGAGAUUGAAGUGGAAAUUGCUUCGUGUUCGUGACGAAUAAUUAUUUCUGUUGAACGUGCCCUUGAAAAGUCAUUCGGUGCAUAAACUGUGCGACGACUUUUUUAAAAAACUGCACUUUUAGUAUCCGAUCGCAGGCAGCUUCCUCUUCUGUGCAGAAAGAAAAGCCACGAAACUGUAGACGAAGCUUUCGUGCAGAGGGAAAGAGAGAGUCGGUGGCAUGCGGAGGAAGCACUUAACGCAAGGUCGCGAAACAUCAAUCGCCUCUUUGUGUGCACAGGAGAUUGUUUCUCAGACACUUUGUUCGAAUGACAUUUUUCGUGCGUCACACGUUCGUCACACAAUUCAGGUGUUGCGCUGAUAAGACAUCGCGUUAUCCACGAUUAAAGAGAAAAGCUUCUUGGAAGACAACCUUUCUGCGUAUCGCGCAAUCACGCCAUUUUCAAAUCUCAUCGAUCGUCGAAGGUUUAUUUCGGGAUUAAAAUAUCGAAGUGGGAAAUUUUUGAGGAAAUAUUUUAACGAAAAGUUUUGAUUUUAAUUAGAAAAAAGCGUGAAGUUUAUUCUGUCGAUGGAUAUCGUGAGUCGAAGCUUUUACGUAAUGGUGAAUCAUUGACGAAUCGAUGACGUGAAAACGCGAGAAAAGCAGUAUCGAUUAAAAAAACAUCGUUGUUUUCUUAUCUCGCAAGCGUGCCGCGAGCUGAUUUACCGAACAAAGACUUUUCAAUCGAUAUUAUUUCUCUUUCGAUCUAGCAAACGUUCUAAAUGUUGUGGCUGAAAAAAAAUAAUGUCUAAUAUUAGUAUUUAAAAUCGAUUUAUCGUCACGAACGGUGAUUAAGAAUCAGAAGAAAAACAUUGGUGCAUGUGCGUGUCCUGUAAACGUGCUUCUUACAAACGUUCUUACACGUUUUCUGCAGUGCGAGUGCUUGAAAAACAUUGGACACGAUAUUCCUUUUUUGUCUCUGUACCAAAGACAUUUUUGUUGUAAAGAAAAUUGUGUUCUGGAUUAAAAUACGCGUUACUGUUCAAGUAAAAUAUUAUGUGGCUGAAAAACAUGAGUGAUGACGGAUUAUCAGCUGGAGAUUUCGGCAGUCCCUUUAAUCAUCAUAGUUGUGCACACAAUGCAAUAUUUGUCAACAGAAGUCUCCAUCUGGAGAAUAUCAAGUUCUAUGGCUUCGAUAUGGACUACACUUUGGCAGAGUACAAAUCACCGCAGUACGAGCAGCUCGGUUUCAAUCUCUUGAAGGACCGUUUAGUCUCUCUGGGUUAUCCACGAGAAAUUCAGGCUUUCGAAUACGAUCCCAGUUUUCCAGUGAGAGGAUUAUGGUUUGACACGCUCUACGGGAACCUUUUAAAAGUCGAUGCCUACGGAAAUAUACUCGUGUGUGUUCACGGUUUCGAUUUCUUGAAGCAUUCGCAGGUAUAUGAGCUCUAUCCGAACAAGUUUCUCCAGCUGGACGAAUCCCGUGUGUACGUGCUCAAUACACUAUUCAAUUUGCCGGAAACUUAUUUGCUCGCGUGCCUGAUUGAUUUCUUCACGAAUUCGCCGCAAUACACGCGCGAAAAGACUGGAGUUAAAGAGGGUGAAUUGACGAUGAGCUUCAAGAGUAUAUUCCAAGAUGUGAGAAACGCCGUCGACUGGAUUCACAUACAGGGCGAUCUCAAGAGUAAAACCGUCGAGAAAAUCGACGAAUACGUUAAGAAGGACGACAGGCUGCCCAUGUUCCUUACCAGGAUACGUGAGAGCGGAGCUAAAGUUUUUUUACUCACGAACAGCGAUUACGUAUUCACCGAUAAAAUAAUGACGUACUUAUUCGAUUUUCCUCACGGAGCUAGGCCCGAUGAACCUCACAGAAACUGGAAAACUUAUUUCGACGUCAUUGUCGUUGACGCUACGAAACCUCUGUUUUUCGGUGAAGGCACGAUAUUGAGACAAGUCAAUACGAAAACUGGUGCUUUGAAACUUGGUACGCACAAAGGACCCCUUCAUACGGGUGAAGUUUACUCGGGAGGAUCGUGCGACGUUUUCACCGAGAUGAUUGGGGCAAAAGGCAAAGACGUGCUUUACAUAGGAGAUCAUAUUUUCGGUGAUAUCCUGAAAAGCAAAAAAAUUCGAGGCUGGAGAACGUUCCUGAUAGUGCCGGAACUCGUACAAGAAUUACACGUUUGGACAGACAAAUGUCAACUUUUUGCUGAACUUCAAAGCCUCGACGUAAUGCUCGGAGAGAUGUACAAAAAUCUUGACAGCAGCACCAAAGAAAAACCUGAUAUAUCGAAAUUAAGGGCGUCUAUAAGGGACGUCACUCACAAAAUGGAUCUUGCAUACGGUAUGAUGGGAUCCCUCUUUCGAAGCGGAAGCCGACAAACUUUUUUCAGUAGUCAAGUUGUUAGGUAUGCUGAUUUGUACGCUGCAACUUUCCUCAAUCUCAUCUACUAUCCAUUCUCCUACAUGUUCCGAGCUCCGGCCAUGCUGAUGCCUCAUGAAAGCACAGUAGCUCAUGAACAAAGGUUCGUUAUGGAAACACCGAUGAUCAGUAGAACACGGACCUUCAAGCUCACUGACGAGGAGGAAGAACAGAAUCGACUUAUCGCUCAGAGACCAUUGGAAAUAGAGAGUGCCACUGCGAACAAUCAAAUUCCACACGCUCGUCCAGAAACUCCGCGCAAUGUGACGCACACGCACGACGAAGAUUGCAGCGACGAGGACAGCGAUUCCCAAAAACAAGGAAACCAGCUGAGGGCGUGUUCGAGAAGUUGUCCGGGAAAAUGAUCUCACGACUUUAGGAAUCGUCUCUACGAUUGCGUUUCCUCAAGAUUCUCAUAAUAUUAUCCUUCGGGAAACAGAAAAUAAACGAAAACACCCGCAGGCAAAAAACUUCGAGAGGAUAAUUUUUAAUUGCGUGAUUCGUCACUAUACUCGAGAAAUUUAUCCACAUUCUCGCCCUUCGUAUAUUAAAGAUGGAAUCUUUGUUUUUCAUUAUUCCAAAGUAAUAGAUUCAAAAAUAUUUAGUUCAAUCAACGGCGGACUCGUGGCUCAAAAAUAAGAAAAAUCUAUGUUUAUCUCUAUUUUUGUCCAGCAACGUUGAGUUAGAAUAGAAUUCUUUCCUGUUCAGAAUUAUUCUUUACCCGAAAAAAAAAAAAAAAUCAUUGACUCGAUUGUUGAGACGCCUCGAAAUACCUUGGAAUGGUAUUUCUCUCUCUGAACUUUUUGUUCGUUCAUCAACAUGGUUUAUAGAUAGAUGAAUCGAAAAAUAGACUAUAAGGAACGAAAAAUGAAAAAAAGGCAAAUGUUGACUCUUACGUAUGAUUAAGUCUCGCGUUAAGAUUAAGUAUGACUUGACGACACGUCAUUGAAUUUCCUUAAGAGUUAAAAACGCUGAUUGAUCAAUUCUGUCGUAUGAUUCGAGAUUAUGUCCUCUAUAUUAUUAAUAUUUUCGAAGUUUGAAAGUACAAAUGUGAAUUCAUCUUCAACAAUUUUCCUGUCGCUAAAAUUUCUAAUCUCUUUCAUCUUUCGAAAAAAACAAACAACGAAUUAAAAGUUUGUUAAUCAAUAAAACUUCCAUCGAUUACACAUUUCCAAAUGUAGUGAAAAUCUUCAAGUUGUUCCAAAAUUAGAAGACUAAAAAUAUUUCAAAGAACAACAAUUUCAAAGAGCAACAAAAAUUUCUUUGAUUUCUGCUUCAACUGCUCCUGAUCAGCUCUUGUAUAUGUAUAAAACCUACAAACUACGUAUAUUAAUAUUUUAAAAAAUGUUUCUCCAAAAAAUGAACGGUUUUAUUUAGGUUCAAAGUUAGUUUAAUAUAAAGUUAAAACUGAGAAACAGGAAUUCUAUAAUCAAAUACUAUUGGAAAGUCAACCACGAGAUUUGUUAAUUAGUUAUUUAAAGAAUGUCGAAUUCUCAUCAAAGAGCUUCGAUUUUACUAAUACUUUUUCAGCGCAAUUGGCAAUAUUUUCCCUAAAAUAACAUGAGAGUACACUUGUUUCCGUAUUCGAUCAGAAUACAUUGACUUAAGAGUCGAAUCACAGUAAUCUUUUCUCAAGAAACUAAUUAAGAAAUAUUCAUGAAAUCAAUUUAACCAAUUGAGGCUGUUAUUUCAAAGUUUGCAUUCGAAAUUUUUAUCAGUUGGCUACUUUGAUAAUAUUAAGCAACGGUUUUGCUUGUAUAAACAGGAAAAAAAUUCCUCUUCAAUAUGCUGCAUUUUAUGUCGAAAAAUUAUUAAUUUUUUCUGCCGUUUUAAAAUAACGUAAAUUUCAAGAAAUCGUGAGGGCACAGUUUUUUCUUCUUUAAUCAAAAUUUUUUUGAACCGCCUUAAAAGCGCCUAAUUAAACGAUAAGUUAUCUGUGGUGUAAAUAUAACGAACAGAUAAAUCGAACGCUCUUAAACUUGCGUUGAAAAUGCUCACUGCACAUUCUGGAAAAGUAAUUGAAGUGGAAUAAAAAGUGUAGUGUUGCGAUAAGACGAUUCCCUGCUGUCACACGAGCGAAUAUACAUACAUAUAAUAGAAAAAACCUCAAAAAGACCUCCAUUCACCGACGCGUGAUUGAUUUUCUUUCGUAUAGAAAAGGAUCGUAUGUAAAAUAUUUUGUAUUCGGCCGUAGCUAGAUAUUCCAAACAAUUUGAAAUUGAUUUUCGCAACGUUACAAAAUCGCGGGUAACUCUACAAUGUAGGUAAUAAAUUCAAAAAGGUGAGCAUUUCGAGUAAAGGAAUUUUUGCAUAGUAGGCUAGGACUUUUUACAUGAAAUUCCCUUAGGAAAAUAUACCCCAUAUACGAAAAGGUAUAGGAGAAUUUUAACAAUAAGGACUGUUGAGAUUAUUUCAUAUUUUUCAUCCCAUUUCCGUUGUUGAUCUUUCGUCCAUUAUUCAAGUUAUAGAACUCGACAAAUUUGCGAUAAGAACUUUAAAGAAGUUUCGUUGAGAUAAAUUUGGACAACGAUUAUCUACUUCAUCGUUACUUAUAUAAUGAAAACACCUUUAUAAUUAUUUAAGCUUUGGAGAAUUGUAUAGAUAUUGGUUUUAUUUUCAAUAAAUUAAUAUAUUGUCAUUUA